AUGGGAUAUUCACAGUGUACAGAAACAGAGGUUAUUGAAUCUUUGGGAAUUAUUAUUUAUAAAGCACUGGACUAUGGUUUGAAGGAGAAUGAAGAAAGAGAAUUAAGCCCUCCCCUAGAGCAGCUCAUCGAUCAUAUGGCCAACACCGUAGAAGCUGAUGGUAGCAACGAUGAGGGAUACGAGGCUGCGGACGAAGGCCUGGAAGAUGAAGAUGAUGAGAAGAGAAAAGUCUCAGCUGUUCGGUCAUACAGAGAUGUCAUGAAGUUGUGUGCUGCUCAUCUCCCAACUGAAUCAGAGGCACCAAAUCAUUAUCAGGCAGUAUGUCGUGCAUUAUUUGCAGAAACAAUGGAACUCCACACAUUUCUGACCAAAAUUAAGAGUGCAAAGGAAAAUCUUAAGAAGAUUCAAGAAAUGGAAAAGGGUGAUGAAUCUAGCACAGACCUGGAAGAACUGAAAAACGCUGACUGGGCGCGAUUCUGGGUACAGGUGAUGAGGGACUUGCGGAAUGGGGUAAAACUUAAGAAGGUCCAGGAACGGCAGUACAAUCCUUUGCCCAUUGAAUAUCAGCUCACUCCUUAUGAGAUGCUGAUGGAUGACAUUCGGUGCAAAAGAUACACGUUGCGAAAAGUCAUGGUGAAUGGUGAUAUUCCCCCUCGGUUAAAAAAAAGUGCUCAUGAAAUCAUCCUUGACUUCAUUCGAUCAAGACCACCUUUAAAUCCAGUCUCAGCGAGAAAACUGAAACCAACCCCACCACGGCCGCGGAGUCUCCAUGAAAGAAUAUUAGAAGAAAUUAAAGCUGAAAGGAAGCUGCGGCCUGUCUCACCAGAGGAGAUUAGACGAAGCAGAUUCGCAAUCCGGCCACUUAGCAUGUCUCACAGUUUUGACUUGUCAGAUGUCACUACUCCUGACUCUCCAAGGAGCACUGUGGAAUCAUCUGUGGUGAAUGGAGGUUCAACAUCACAGACAAAGGCAAAUGGGUUAACUCCCGCACAGCAGGUGCCCGUGUCCCGGAAGAAGCUCCUCAAAGCCCCAACUCUGGCCGAACUGGACAGCUCUGACUCAGAGGAAGAAACUCUGCAUAAGUCAACCAGCAGCAGCAGUGUGUCUCCCUCCUUCUUGGAAGAUCCAGUGCUAGAGGCCAUGGCCACAAGGAAAAAACCUCCAAAGUUCUUGCCCAUUUCAUCAACACCACAGCCAGAGAGACGGCAGCCGCCCCAGAGACGACAUUCCAUUGAGAAGGAAACGCCUACAAACGUGAGGCAGUUUCUACCGCCCUCCAGGCAGAGUUCCCGCUCUCUUGUUUCUAGGAUAACCCGUGUAUGGCCCAGGACGCCUUUCCGACCACUUUUCUCUACCAUACAAACAGCUUCUCUGCUCAGCUCUCACCCUUUUGAAGCAGCCGUGUUUGGGGUGGCAGGGGCUAUGUAUUAUCUCUGUGAGAGAGCUCUCACCAGCAGGUGGAGAUCCUCAAAGGAGGAAUUCUGCUACCCAGUGGAAUGCCUCGCUCUUACUGUGGAGGAAGUGAUGCAUAUCCGUCAGGUCCUGGUGAAGGCAGAGCUGGAAAAAUACCAACAGUAUAAAGAUGUCUACACCGCCCUGAAAAAAGGAAAGCUCUGCUUUUGUUGCCGAACGAGGAGGUUUUCCUUCUUCACUUGGUCUUAUACCUGUCAGUUCUGUAAGAGGCCGGUGUGCUCACAGUGUUGCAAAAAGAUGCGGCUGCCCUCCAAGCCAUACUCCACCCUUCCUAUCUUUUCAUUGGGACCUUCUGCCUUGCAAAAAGGGGAAAGCUCUGUGAGACCAGAAAAACCCUCCACUAGCCACCACCGGCCACUUCGGGGCAUCGCCAGGUUCUCUUCAAAGUCUAAGUCUGUAGACAAAUCAGAUGAAGAACUCCAAUUUCCCAAAGAGCUGAUGGAGGACUGGAGCACGAUGGAGGUGUGCGUAGACUGCAAAAAGUUCAUUUCAGAAAUCAUCAGUUCAAGCCGACGCAGCCUGGUGUUGGCCAACAAAAGAGCCCGAUUAAAAAGGAAAACACAGUCUUUCUACAUGUCCUCACCAGGCCCCUCGGAAUACUGCCCCUCGGAGAGGACUAUCAAUGAAGUCUGAGCCUCGUGCCUUUCAGUUGCUUUUGUGUUCAGAGUCGGUAUCAGUGCUCGGCAACACUGAGCCGCACUGUCUCUCCUUUCCGUGGUUUUCUCUCAUAGGCUUGAAUUUGCAUUAGAUCUGAUUUUUGCUGCAUCACACAGUUCUACGGACUGAAUGCUGUGUUCAUAUCGAUUGCUGAUACGUGACCGGUCAGCCAGUUGCUCGUUUGCACCAAGAGAGGACAAUAGCCUGAAACUUGCUUUAGCGUGUGUGUGGCUUUGGAAGCCAGAAACUUUUUCCUUAGUUCAGUUCUUCACUUGUCCUCCAACAAUUUCCUGACUAAGGCAAAAAGCUUCUCACGGGGGAAAUCACUGUAGCAGAGGUAUCGAUGUUAGCACAGUUCUAAGCAGUAAGUCAUAUUGGCAUUUCCACACGACAGUGUUCCUAUCUAAUGUACAUAGAGACCCAGAGCCUGCCACACAACAGGCACCUGUAUGCGGGCCAGGCUGUUCGUCGUCUCAGCACAAAACCUGGAAGGAUUUGCUGAUACUCUCCAACUGAUUUUUCAAUUAGUGUUGCUCUGAGAUAAACAUGACACAAGGGACUUCACACUUGCAUUCUAGUGCAGAAUGUCUGAGUAAGCUGCACCCCCCGCCUGGAUCACCAUGUCCUCUGAGCCGCCGUGCUUUCCUCGGUGCCAGGGAUCAGUGUCUUCUGCACGGGUGACAGGUUUUCAUUCCCUACCUUGAAUGUAUUAUGGUCACUAAUAGUUUUAAUGGAGACCUAAGAAUUACAGUUUUGUGGGAGUUUUAGGACACUAAAACUGUCGUGAGGUUGAGUGUAUUUGGGCUGACAGCAUAGGGUGCCAGCUCUUAGCCACGCUGCAGAAAAUGAGCUGGGGCUCAUACAUUUCCGACUACAUUUUUUCAUCACUUUAUACUGUAGCCAUCAGGACUAAAUUAAGCCACAAUUUGGUACCCAAGGUCUCAAGCUGAACUUUAUUUUUAUAAAUGAAUUUUAAAAGAAAAAAUAUCUAGCUCUUUUAAAAUGACAGGAAAAUUAACCUGCUGACAGCAAAUUUUUUGGAUGCUUUUGCACUAACUUUCCGUGUAAGUGACUUGCGUGAGUAGGCUGGGUUUCUGAUGAAGGUAGAUUGGAGGGUAGCAUGGCGUACCUGAAAUUUCUCGGCUUGUCUGGCCCAUACUUGAGCUGUAUUAUUUUGCUGUGCUUACAACCAACCAAGCAAUCCAACUGCCACUAGUGUUUGGAAAACGAGUCGAUGCACAUGCACAGUAGUUUCCUGAAAGCCACAGGACACAUCUGUAGUCAGCACUAUGACAGCACCAUUUAAUAAAAGGCAUGGCAGUCGCAUUUCACACCACAUCCAAAUUUAGUAACAUUUCUCUAUUAACAGUAAUACCUCAGAAUUGCUCCGGUGGUAGUUUUUAAUGGAUUGAAAUUUACAAUUUAGUAAAUGGCUUAAAAUACUUAUGAAAUAAACUUUACCAAUUGACUAAAAUAAUGCAUGUUAACAGUUCGUCUGUAUUUGCAUGUAGAAGUGGGCCACCAGCUAACCUUUGUUGAUCAUGUGUUUAAAUUAUUUUAAAGGCUCUUAUUUAAGAACUUAAAAAAAAAAUACACCGGGUGAAUCGCGUUUAUGAACUUUUCCAAGAGACUGUCCGAACAUCAUGGACAGGUCAGCAGGGUCCACCCCCUCCGAUGGCCCAGGCUUGAGCUGCUUAAGUGACUCCCAGAGAGGGUGCAAGGGAAAGACAUGCUCUCUGUGGGUGUACAUAAACCUGCACUAGAAUAACAUGCUUCUUAAAAUAAUGACUAGUUACUGGUUUUAUUAAAACGUAAGAAACUAAAGGCCCCAACUGAGAAUUCCACUCACAAAGCAGAUCAUCUACUCAAUCUCUUACUUCACGUCUUCCGGUUUAUGAUACAAUAUAGGAUGAACUGGGCGUUAUGCGCACCUCUUACCGGAAGAGUAGAAUGUAAAUUCUUCAACAGCAUUAAUAGGGUUUGCCAGGUGCAUUAAAGAGGUCAACUCUGGCGUGUCCAUAUGAAACAGUUUGCAGGGAAUAGCGGAGAAAGGGCACAUGGCACAAAUAAAAUUUAGGAACCAAAUGAACAUUAGUGUUGGGUGCCAAAACAGAUUCUUGCAUUUAACCCCUCUCCCUUAUCCACGAUGCUUCCCCCACCCCACACUUCAAUUAAGGUAGUUUUCAGAGUCAUUCACUAAGAGCAGGUGGAACUUGUUUUUAAAAUCCUUAGCCUAGACCAACUUGAAGCAUAGCUUCCUGUUCCAACUUCUAAAAUAACCUCGCUUGGCUAUAUUCCUUUGUCCUGGUUUUCUAAUGUUCCUCUUUUACUUCUAAUCCAUCAACAAACUGCUAUUGCCCGGCCAGAAUCAACUGGAGUCUAGUAUGUCUUAGAGCAUGUGUUGGUAUCGUUAACAGUCAUCCCUACUCUCAUCCCAGCUCCUCCAGGCUUGAGUACCAGUUCCUUCGGUCCCAUACCUCACAAAGUCACUCUGUCAGAGAGCUCUGUGCUUCCCUCCCUGUGGCUUACCCUUCUGUCAGUGUCAGAGGUAUAUAAGAAUGCUUGUAAAUACUGUAAAAUAUUUAUUAAUAUUGGAAAGGCAUUCAUUCAGUGGACAAUGGGAAGCAACUCUCCGAAAGCAAGUAAAAAUUAAAUCAAGUACUUGAACAUACGUUGACUUACAAUCUUACUAGAUUUCAAGUCUUAAGCUUUUCAGAUUAAACCAGAAGUUUGUUAUUGUAGGAGUUUUAAAAAUGAUGUUAUGUUUGAAGAGAUUAUGUGAUUAGCACCAUGAACUCAUACCAUGAAAUUUUUAAGGCUUUUAUUUUUCUAACUAUAUUAAUAAAUACAGAACUGCAUUUUAGGUGUCAUAUAGGAAAUACGAAAGUUUUAAAUUAAGUUGCUGUUUGCUAAAGCAAAUAAGCAGAAAAUUUUGGACAUGCAAAACUUUUGCAGGGUCAUAAAGAAAUGUGUACUACUGACUGGGCUUUGCCCUGGCUUCCGUGUGUGUGAACGUCCAGGUACUGCUGGCAUUCAGGGUGACGUGAUGGUACUAAGUGUUUUCCAUUAAAGUCUUUUAUUUUAAAACUUAUUUAGGGAAAAAUAAAAUGAGUUU